UAUGAUUGUUCCAGUGAUUCAAAUCAAUUGGAAAAUAGUAUCUCAAGUCAUGAGAUCGACGAUAAUAUUAGUCCUCUUCGAUUGGUUCAGUUCCAGAAGACAUCCAACGAACCGAUGGGUAUUACACUUAAGCUCGACGAGUGGGGCCGAUGUGUGGUCUCACGGGUUAUGUUGGGCGGACUCGUCGAUAGACAGGGUACUCUACAUGUCGGUGAUGUAAUCCGUGAGAUUAAUGGGAUUCCUGUCUCUAAUCAAUCGGUUGAGAGCUUACAAACUCUAUUGAGAGACUCCAAAGGAAAUGUGUUCUCAUUUAAAAUACUGCCUAAUGGUAGACAACGAAAUCAUUCCUCACACUGUGAGUCCUACUUUAGAGCACAAUUCGAUUACAAUCCUAAAGACGAUGAACUGAUACCCAGUGUUGAGGCGGGGCUUACAUUCAAUACGGGAGAUAUUCUGGAAGUGAUUUGCAAAGACGACUACUAUUGGUGGCAAUCGAGGAAAGAGGGCGACAAAGGGUCGGCCGGACUCAUGCCCUCACCAGAACUGGUCGAAUGGCGGGCCACUCAUGACGCCAACCAAAAGAAAUGCAUUUCACCAGAACUGGUCGAAUGGCGGGCCACUCAUGACGCCAACCAAAAGGUGAAGAAAGACGGCGCGAACUGCACUUUCUUCGGCAAAAAGAAGAGACGCGACAAAUAUUUGAUCAAAAGAAAUGCAUUAUUCGAUACAUUAGACAUCCCUUCCUAUGAAGAGGUAGUAUUCGUGCCGUCGUUUCCGCGCAAAACUCUAGUACUUCUCGGCGCUCACGGCAUCGGACGCCGCAAUAUUAAGAACACUCUAAUCAGUCAUUUGCCGCAUCGAUAUUCAUACCCAAUCCCACACACGACACGAGUUGCCCGAAGAGGCGAACAAAACGGAAAACAUUACUUCUUUGUGUCUCACGAAGAGAUGAUUGAAGAGAUCGCUUCUAAACAAUGCAAUAAUUACACGACACGAGUUGCCCGAAGAGGCGAACAAAACGGAAAACAUUACUUCUUUGUGUCUCACGAAGAGAUGAUUGAAGAGAUCGCUUCCAAUCAGUAUCUCGAGUACGGGAGCCAUAAAGACGCUCUCUAUGGCACCAAAAUAGAUACAAUCCGUCAGAUCAUUGCAUCCAAUCGGACACCCAUUCUCGAUGUUGAACCACAGGCAUUGAAAGUAUUGCGAACUCGAGAAUUCAGUCCAUUUGUUGUAUACAUUGCGGCCCCGAAUGCCAUCAAUAUUGAAGAUAGAGAUGGAAGUCUUCAGCGUCUGACCCGCGAAAGUCUAUUACUUCAAAACAUUUACAAACAUUUCUUUGACUUCUCUGUCAUUAACAACGAUAUCGAAGAGACCGUAAAACUGGUGGAAAAUUUUAGAGAGAUGGAACGUCUGACCCGCGAAAGUCUAUUACUUCAAAACAUUUACAAACAUUUCUUUGACUUCUCUGUCAUUAACAACGAUAUCGAAGAGACCGUAAAACUGGUGGAGAAGGCAUUCAAUCGGAUCAACAGUUCUGCUCAAUGGGUUCCCUGCGCUUGGGUUUAC